AUGAAACAAGCAAAACCACAGAAACUCUACCACAUUCUAGUAACGAUCGAUUACGAUCAGGAUGAUUAUUCCGACGAGCUAUUCUACUCUGUUCUGGAAAAAAAGUUCAACCUCAAGCAUGGAAUUGAUUUUGAGGAGAAUACUUUGUGUGAGGGCAAAUAUCAUCUCCGAUUCCCAAAUAUUUCAUGUGAGAAAUUUCAACAGAUUUGCAAGGAAAUGUACCAAGAACCUGGAGGAUUGAGUAGAGAUCGAUAUUUAAUUAAGGCCUAUCCCGAUCAUAUGCAUUCUCUGCCACCAUGUUGGUAUGAUGAUUUGUGUGAAAAGUGUAAUGAUUUGAAAGCAGAAAAGGAGUGGUAA